GUAGGUGCAGACAUGAUGAAGUUUGUGCUUCUUGCUCUCUUUGUUGCUGGUGCCUAUGGGUGUGGUGUGCCCACCUUCCCCCCUGUGUUGACUAGGGUGGUUGGAGGAGAAGAUGUCAGACCCCACAGCUGGCCCUGGCAGAUUUCUCUGCAGUACAACAGCCAGGGACAGUGGAGACACACCUGUGGAGGUACUCUGAUCUCUGACCAAUGGGUCCUCACUGCUGCUCAUUGUAUUAGCUCUAGCAGGGAGUACAGAGUGGCCAUGGGGAAGCACAACCUGGUAGAAACAGAGGAAGAUGCUGUGUUCAUGGGCACUGCUGACAUCAUUGUGCAUGAGAAGUGGAACCCCUUGUUCAUCCGUAAUGACAUCGCCCUGAUCAAGCUGGAAUCCCCUGUCACCUUCUCUGACAACAUCAUGGCCGCUUGUCUUCCUGCUGCUGGCGUCGUCCUCCCUCAUGAUGAGCCCUGCUAUGUCACUGGAUGGGGUCGCCUCUACACUGGAGGUCCCAUUGCUGACAUCUUGCAGCAGGCUCUCCUGCCCGUGGUGGACUUUGCUACCUGCAGCAAGCCUGACUGGUGGGGCUUCCAGGUGAAGGAGACCAUGGUCUGUGCAGGCGGAGAUGGAGUUCGAUCUGGCUGCAACGGUGACUCAGGCGGCCCUCUGAACUGUCAGAACAGUGACGGUGCCUGGGAGGUUCAUGGCAUUGUCAGCUUUGGCUCUGGACUCAAAUGCAAUCUCAUCAAGAAGCCCACAGUCUUCACUCAAGUUAGCUCUUACGCUGACUGGAUCAGCACUAAUAUGGCUACUUAUUGAGAAGACACACUUUGGAGAUCAAGACAAAAAUAUGCACGUUAAAAAAAUAAAGUUUGGAACUAUAAA